AUGCCGCAGGCUACGGACCAGUCCGACCUAGACAGCGCCAACAUGGCGCUGGCCCGAUCGACGCGGCAUAACAAUAACAAUCACUCUUUCAACCUUCCAACGACUGGCAAUAAUGCCGAAAAUCAAUACCUUGCGACAGGUGCUCCGGCAGCAGUAGCAGAAGCCCUACAAACUGUUAGCAACGUUGAUGUUAGUUUAAGCAAAGAGAACAACGCCACGGAGUCUUCCACCGGAACCUACGACAAGUAUGAGAUUACAGAGGAAGACUGCUACGACGAGCUAGGAUUUAGCUUUACCCGACAGAAGAAGUGGUACAUUCUCACCGUCAUAUUUUGGGUGCAAGUUUCAAUGAACUUCAACACAUCCCUUUACUCGAAUGCCAUCGGUGGUAUCUCCAAAGAAUUCAGUGUCAGCGAGCAGGCGGCUCGUUGUGGUGCUAUGAUAUUUCUGGUUCUCUAUGCCUUUGGAUGUGAACUGUGGGCGCCUUGGUCUGAAGAAUUUGGCCGCUGGCCAGUCCUCCAGUUGUCUCUAUUGCUCGUUAAUAUCUGGCAAUUGCCCGUCGCUCUGGCUAAUAACUUUGGUACCAUUAUGGUCGGCCGCGCUCUAGGGGGACUGUCCUCAGCCGGUGGCUCCGUUACGCUGGGCAUGAUUGCCGACUUAUUCGAGUCGAACGAACAGCAAUAUGCUGUUGCUUACGUCGUGUUUUCCUCCGUUGGAGGUUCCGUGCUGGGUCCUAUUGUCGGUGGGUUUAUACAGGAUAGUUUGAACUGGCGAUGGGCCAUUUGGAUCCAACUUAUAUUUGGUGGCGCCGUGCAAGUGCUGCACUUUUUCACGGUCCCCGAGACCCGAACGACAAUUAUGAUGAAUCGUAUUGCCAAGCGCCGCAGAAAAGAGGGGAACUCUAACAUCUGGGGUCCCGACGAGCUGGUCCCAUUCCGCGAUCGCUUCUCUACCAGAGAGGUUAUCACUACCUGGAUCCGGCCCUUCCGGAUGUUCCUGACGGAGCCCAUUGUUUUAACCCUCUCACUGCUCUCCGGCUUUUCGGAUGCCCUCAUAUUUAUGUUCAUCCAAUCAUUCUCCCUUGUGUAUGCGCAAUGGGGCUUCGGCGUCGUCGAGGUCGGCUUGGCAUUUAUACCUAUCGGCAUCGGCUACCUGAUCGCCUGGGCCCUCUUCGUUCCCGCUAUUCGGCACAAUACCCGUCUACGGGAAAACAGGCCUGACGACGAACGCGCACAGUAUGAGUCCCGCCUCUGGUUCCUCCUAUUUACUGUGCCCUGUUUGCCUAUAGGACUUAUAGGCUUCGCCUGGACUAUUCAGGGCCCACCCAUACACUGGAUUGGUUCAAUGAUCUUCGCCGCCAUUGUCGGCAUCGCCAACUAUUCUAUUUACAUGGCCACCAUCGAUUACAUGAUUUGUGCCUACGGCCCUUACUCUGCCUCGGCUACCGGGGGCAACGGCUGGUCGCGUGACUUUCUGGCGGGUGUUCUUACCAUACCUGCCACCCCCUUCUUUAGCAACAUCGGUGCUAAGAAGGGCAAGAAUCUAGAGUAUGCUUGUACAAUCCUGUUCUGUAUUGCCUUCCUUCUUGUGCUUGCCGUCUACGUUAUCUACUGGACGGGCCCGUCUCUUCGCAAGCGCUCGCCGUUCGCCCAAAAGCUAGCCGAAUCUCGUACAAAAGACAGCAACAGCGCCGUCCGUGCCGCGACUUUAGGCUAUAGACCAACUCGCCCUGGUGCGCAUCGCAUGUACAGCCAGCAGCUGCGCGUCUUCGGGGAAAAUCGACUAAGCAGGCCGCACCAAACCCGGCGCCACACCUUAGGAGCCACACCAGAUUACAGCUAA